AUGACAAUGGAUUUAAAUGUAAUUACAGCCACUAAAUGUGAUGAGUUCACGCGUAUUUAUUACAAAGAACUGUUUUGUCUGGAAGCGACGAAGAUUGACCAGCUGCCUAGGGAGAUGCCUCCUUCGCCAGAUCUGAGAGCUGAUGAACCAAAGACACCCUGUUUGGUGGGAGGAGCUCAUGCGUUCAUAUUAAAGAUUUCAAGUUUCUGCGGUCUCGCACCUCUGAGGUUUGAGUCACGGAGUCAGGAAUACGCGGUGACCAUUUCCAAGGGCAAAUGUUUUUACAGUUACAUUCUCGUCACCUUUCUGGUAAUUUGCACGAUAUAUGGACUGGUGGCGGAGAUAGGAGUGGGAGUGGAGAAGUCGGUGCGCAUGUCCUCGCGCAUGUCGCAAGUGGUGUCCGCGUGUGACAUCCUCGUGGUGGCGGUGACCGCGGGGGUCGGGGUGUACGGCGCGCCGGCUCGCAUGAGGACCAUGCUCUCCUAUAUGGAAAACAUAGUUGCGGUAGACCGUGAGCUCGGCAGACAUCACUCGGCUGCAACUGAACGAAAGCUGUGCGCUCUGCUACUCCUCAUCCUGUUAUCCUUCACGAUUCUGCUCGUCGAUGACUUUUGUUUCUACGCGAUGCAGGCCGGCAAGACGGGCAGGCAAUGGGAAAUUGUCACAAACUACGCUGGUUUCUACUUCCUGUGGUACAUUGUGAUGGUCUUAGAACUACAGUUUGCGUUUACAGCGCUGUCACUGCGCGCCCGACUUAAAUUAUUUAAUGAAGCGCUUAACGUUACCGCUUCGCAAGUCUGCAAGCCUGUGAAGAAACCUAAGAACUCGCAACUAAGUGUAUACGCGACGAGCGUCAGGCCAGUUAGCUGUAAGCGGGAAAACGUUAUUGUUGAAACAAUACGAGUGCGGGACAAAGAUGAUGCUUUUGUGAUGAUGAAAACUGCUGAUGGUGUCCCUUGUCUACAAGUUCCGCCAUGCGAGGCGGUGGGGCGACUCUCACGGAUGCGAUGCACACUCUGCGAGGUGACGCGUCACAUCGCCGACGGGUACGGCCUGCCGCUGGUCAUCAUUCUAAUGUCGACUCUACUGCACCUUAUCGUCACACCCUAUUUCCUUAUUAUGGAGAUAAUCGUGUCAACGCACAGACUGCACUUCCUCGUCCUUCAGUUCCUGUGGUGCACAACACACUUGAUAAGGAUGCUGGUCGUCGUGGAGCCUUGUCAUUACACAAUGAGAGAGGGAAAACGAACAGAAGACAUAGUGUGCCGACUCAUGACCUUAGCGCCGCAUGGUGGAGUUUUAUCAUCCAGAUUAGAGGUGUUAUCUCGCCUGCUGAUGUUGCAGAAUAUCUCCUACUCACCUCUGGGCAUGUGCACGUUGGACAGGCCUCUAAUGGUGACUGUACUUGGAGCGGUCACCACUUAUUUAGUUAUACUCAUUCAAUUCCAGCGAUAUGAUAGUUAA